GGGAGGUUGUGCCGUGCUUGUCCCAACAAAAGGCCGGGUGGCUAGAAAUGACAUACCUACUAAUUUACUAGUACUUAUGUCAACUUUUUUCUUGCUGAAGCUGAGACGUUUGUAUGCCGUUAAAAGUAAAAGAGAACUUAACAAUGAGUCAUACUUGGUCAAGAUGCAUUUACAUAAUGUUACAGCGAAGCCCGGAGGUGACGCUAAUGAUUCUUUACGAUGUCAAUGCCAAGUGCAGUAAGUUCACCACGAGCCAUUAGCGCCGGUAGUAGCUAACUAGUAUGUAGUACAUAAUGUACAACAGUACAACACAUGCAACGUCCCCACUCAUCUCGUGUCAUACGCGGCAAUUUCUCUUCGUGUGCGAAACAGUGCGCGGCUCGCAGACACCGGAUCGAUACCUGCGCAGAGCUUUACCCAGUCUAGCAGUGUGUAGUCUCCAUCAACCUCCACUCAGCGACGCACGUACGUCGCCCACGGACAGUAAAAGUGAUAUUUAUAUUACUAUUAACAGUGCUCAUACAAGACAUUAAGGAAACAAGAUGUGGCUCCCAGUAGCGGCGGUAGCGCUGCUGUGCCUCGCAGGCCCCGCCCACAUGAAGGAGCACAACAGCACAGCACCGGAGCAGCCACGGUGGUGUAGUGCGGAGCAGACCACCUGCGGACUGUACGAGGACGACGGGCCCUGGAUGGCCAUGGUGCAGCAGUGGGCGCUCACCGGCUCAGACCAUACCGGAAGACAAGGACGCAUAAUGGCUCUCCCACCUGCCCAAGGCUACUACGUGACGGACCGCGUGGACAGGCCCUACCUGUCCCCGCCCCCACCACCUCCACCGGCCCCAGUGAAGCAGGCCAACCACCCGAGCCACUCCAGCCAGCAGCUGCCCCCGGGUGCCCGUCCUUAUGAUGAAUGGCAACACUCGCCUCCACUGCCCCCCAACACGGGCAAGAUCGUCAAUCGACCACCAAACCCAUACAAGGACAAGUUCAAGCCCAGCUACCCAGCACCUAUCCAGAACCAGCCGAUUCCUGUGCACAGCCAGGCACUGGACAGAGUUGACGAAAACAAAGUGUCACCACAGAAACAAGUCUCCGAAACUGACCUCUACUUACUCGGCGCCAUCGAGAAGCUGGUCUACCGAGCUGAUCUUUUUGAGAAGCGACUUCGGAAGAUGGAGGAGACAGUUCACUCCCUCAUUGCAGGACUGGACGCUAAGCUGGGUAAUAAGGCAGAGCCGUGUCCGAAGAAUUUCACUCGCGUGGGCAGUGGCUGCUACCACGUGUCGUCAGAGGUCGCUAACUGGAAGGGAGCCAGCUAUGGUUGCCGCCGCAUGAAGGGGAACAUGCUGGAGAUAGAGAGCGACCAGGAACGCGACCAGCUCACUUCCGCACUCUUCACCGACAAGAGAUACAAAGGCGUAGACUUCUGGACGGGCGGCCUGAACCCCGGCCUGCUGUGGAUCUGGUCGCACUCGGCGCGGCCCGUGCUGGGGAACAGUACGAGCGCCGCCGUGCCGGGCGAGGGGCGCUGCCUGGCCUGGGUGUACGACCCCGCGCGGAGUGUUUAUGUGUACAGGGGACAGGACUGUGCGCUGCGACACAGAUAUAUAUGUGAGAAGGAGGAGGAUCCAGAAAAGCUGAGCAACGAGGUCGAGAGACUCGCUAAAAACUUGAAGGAAGGAAGGAAACCAAAGAUUUUAUGGACUGAUCACGAGCCGUAGGACAAACUAUAUACCACGGGAUAUUUAUACCUACUAUAUAACUCGUAGCUUUAGGAUUUACUACUAUUUAUUAUUAUUUAUUUUAUAUUAAACGACUUUGUAUACGAAUUUUAAACAUUUGGAUACAAUAAAUAAAGAAAAACAA